CCCAUCCCCCAAGCGCCAAAGCGAAAGCCCCUUCCUCCUCGCCGCGGAGCUCCCAAAUCCCGCACCCUAGGAGGCGACCCUACCGCGCGCGAGAGAGCGGGUCACGAGCCUGUAGCGACGGCGGCUGCGGUCACCGGCCGCAGAGACAGCGGGCGAGAUGACGGACGGCCACCUCUUCAACAACAUCUCCCUCGGCGGCCGCGUCGGCAACAACCCUGGUCAGUUUAGGCUUUAUUCGGGAGGGCUUGCAUGGAAGAAGCAAGGUGGAGGAAAGACUAUUGAGGUUGAUAAAGCUGAUAUAGUUUCUGUGACGUGGAUGAAAAUCCCCAGAUCUUAUCAGCUUAGUGUUGGGACCAAAGAGGGCAUCCGGUACGUGUUCAAAGGCUUCCGUGAACAGGAUGUUAGUAACCUUACUAACUUCAUACAAAAGAACACGGGAACCACACCAGAGGAGAAGCAGCUUUCUGUUAGUGGACAUAAUUGGGGCGCGGUCGACAUCAAUGGCAAUAUGCUUAGCUUUAAUGUUGGCUCGAAGGAAGCAUUUGAAGUCUCUCUAUCAGAUGUAUCACAAACUCAGUUGCAAGGAAAAACAGAUGUUGUUCUUGAGUUCCAUGUUGAUGAUACUACAGGGGCUAAUGAGAAAGAUUCGCUGAUGGAUUUAAGUUUUCAUGUACCAACUUCAAAUACACAAUUCCUUGGAGAUGAGGAACGUCCUUCGGCUCAUAUUUUUUGGCAGAAAAUCUUGGCUAUAGCUGAUGUUGGCUCAUCAGAAGAGGCUGUUGUCUCAUUGGAGGGAAUUGCCAUUCUUACCCCAAGAGGUCGAUACACUGUUGAGCUUCAUAUGUCAUUCUUGCGUCUCCAAGGACAAGCUAAUGAUUUCAAAAUCCAGUAUAGCAGUAUUCUUCGGCUCUUUGUUUUGCCAAAGUCAAACAACCCUCAUACCUUUGUGGUCAUCACACUUGAUCCGCCAAUUCGCAAAGGACAAACAUUAUAUCCCCACAUUGUUAUUCAGUUUGUGACAGAGAAUGUAGUUGAGAAGGAGCUGUCAUUAAGUGAGGAGGUUUUGGCUGAAAAGUACAAGGACAGGCUGCAGAGUUCUUACAAUGGUCUAGAACAUGAGGUAUUCUCCAAAAUCCUUCGUGGCCUGUCUGGUGCUAAAGUGACGAGGCCAAGCACAUUCCGCAGUUGUCAAGAUGGAUAUGCCGUGAAAUCAUCACUUAAAGCUGAAGAUGGAUUGCUGUAUCCUCUUGAAAAAGGCUUUUUCUUUUUGCCAAAGCCCCCGACACUCAUUCUGCAUGAGGAGAUUGAGUAUGUUGAAUUUGAGCGCCAUGGUGCUGGUGGUGCUAGCAUGUCAUCUCACUAUUUUGAUCUCCUGGUCAAGCUAAAGAAUGACCAAGAACAUCUCUUCAGAAAUAUACAAAGGAAUGAAUACCAUAACCUCUUCAACUUCGUAAGUGGUAAGAAUUUGAAAAUCCUGAAUCUUGGAGAAGAUGGCCAAGAUAGAACUGGUGCCGUCGCGGCUGCUCUUCAGAGCACUGAUGAUGACCCUGUUGAUCCACAUUUGGAGCGAAUUAAAAAUCAGGCUGGUGAUGAAGAAAGUGAUGAAGAGGACGAAGAUUUUGUGGCGGACAAGGAUGAUAGCGGAUCCCCUAGUGAUGAUUCUGAAGAGGGUUCUGAUGCCAGCAUAAGUGAUGGAGAAAAGGAGAAAUCUUCCAAAAAGGAAGCUAGUAGCUCAAAGCCACCUGUGAAGAGGAAACCAAAGAGUGUGGAUGUGGAAAGUUCAGAGAAGAGAAAGCCGAAGAAGAAGAAGACGAAAGAUCCCAAUGCCCCCAAAAGAGCAAUAGCACCAUUCAUGUACUUCUCAAAGGCUGAGCGAGCUAAUUUGAAGAACAUCAACCCCGAACUCAGCACCACAGAUAUUGCAAAGAAGCUUGGAGAGAAAUGGCAAAAGAUGUCAGCUGAGGAGAAGCAGCCAUACCUUGAGCAGUCCCAAGUGGAUAAGAAACGCUAUGCAGAGGAGACUGCUGCUUACCGCGGUGCUGGUGCAGCUCCUGUAGACGUGGACUCUGCAGAUGGAUCGUCCGAUUGAAUUGGAAGAUUGGCCGGUUGCCGAAAGGAACAUACUUUCGAGUCAUGGUACAAGUAGACAUCCGAUCUAUCUUGGCUGUAGUAACUUGGGAGGUGUGAUCCUUACGUUUCUGAGUUAACAAAGAACAGUUAAUGGAUAUGUGUAGGUUUCCAAGGUACUGUUGCUUUGCUACUAACUGUCAGCACCCGCGACAGGUGUUUUAUUC